AUGUACGAGGACUCCUGGUACAGCUUUGUGCCUGAGAUCCAGCAACAACGUCAACCGGCCGUGGGAGCCCCGAGUACCGGCCAUCGACGGAAGCAGUCGCUCUUGCAGCAACCGAAUAAGCCAACUAGCGACGGCGAGACCCCAGAAAACCUCCCCGCGCUUCUCGAAGUUCAGGAAGAUGCCCACGAUCCACCAGAGCCGACCCUUUCACGGCGAGCCAAGUCUUACUCAGACUUUUACGAAAUUGUAACGAAACAGCUAUCCGCGUACCAGCCGCAACGGGAACGUAGGAGGCAAACGAGGCGAAGCCGUCGGAGUUGGCAAGCGUUGGCGUUGGCGGAGUCGGUAACCGCGAGUUUGGAUGCCGAAGUUGAACCAGGAAAUGAUUCAGGCGAUGGCGGUGACGGCAGUACACUAGGGGGGGAGCUGCUGCGGGCUAGCCAGCAAGAAUAUUUGUUCGUCAACCAUUGCCCCAUUGGCCGUGUCCUGCCUCUUCUUUACCACGACGAGCUUCUGAUGACGGAACGGCAUCUCGAUGCCCUCAUCGACGAUGCCGAUCAGGCGCUCAAGGUCCUCGAAUCGCUUUGCUCGUCGUUCCGCGCCGUUGAUAACCAGACCAGCUCGUUCAAAGCUCAAUGCGACGGCCUGCUGACGGAGAAGACGCACUUUGAAACCUUGGCUGAAUCCGUCGGGAUGGAUCUCCAGUACUACACAUACCUCGAUUCGGCUACCCGCCGACUCAAUGCGCCCGGUGCAGGGAGGCUCGUGGAAGGAGGCAACUUUGCCGAAAUCUUGUCAACUUUGGACUCCUGCAUAGAGUUUAUGACUAAGAAUGUAAGUCUAACAAGGAAAUCGACGUAUCGAGAUGCCGAGUCGUACUUGGCACGCUACCAAGCACUCUUAACCAAGGCCUUACAUCUUCUCGAAGUGGGCUUCGUCAAUCAUCUCAACAAGGUGUCGGCCGAGAUAGCCCGGCAGAUCGCAGGAACCCAGUCCGAGCCUGCUCGCCACGCCCUCGCUUACGGCCGUUUUGAGGAAAUGGUUCUCGAAUCAUACUCGCUCGUUCCUAACGUCCAACUGGUGGUGCAGAGCGCAUACGAACACGAUGGGUAUCCUUCCUCAAAACCGAACGCCGACAUCUACGCAAAUACCGCAAACAACCUGUUCCACUCGUACUGGGCUGCCCGAGAACGAGAUCUCAAGCCUAUGACCCAGCACGAUCUCGACGUCUUUCGGACCGCCGCGAAGGAAUCACCCGAGAGUGCAGCACGGAACUUUGUAAAACAGUGCUUCGAGCGCUCCGACAGCGAAGCUAGCCUUUUCCAAAGCAUAUUCUUCAUUGACGCCCGCUACUCGACCGAAGCGCAAUCUGCCUUUGCCGUGCUCAAGUCGCAGCGCACCGUCUUAACGGGAGCAAACGUCGCGCCCAUUGCCGCAAGCCUGCAGUCAGCCCUUCAAGGCAGCGAUCUGCAGACGGUCUGCCACCUUGUCGGCUGGAUAACUAAUGAGUACCUGCUCCCCGAGUACGAUGAAGAGGAAACUUUGUUUGUGGGCCGUUGCCGAGAGUUAGCCGCCCGGCUGCUCGCUGAGCAUUUGUGGGCCUUUGCCGACGGGUUUUUUGAGGCCGAAAUUACCAAGUCCAUAACAAAGGCCGUGGUCCCGGUGGACGCUCUCAAGAUCGAGCCCGUGGCUAACGGAGAUAUCGCGUCCAGCGCGUUCCCCCCAGUGAAGCGCGCGCUGGAGUUGAUGGUUAUUUUUGACCAAUCCAUGCCUAAAGAGCGAUUUCAGUGUAGUAGCCCCGUAAUUUUCAGGAUUCUCAAAGAGUCCAUUGCCUGCCUUCAGCGCGCUGAAGGCCGCCUCAAGACCGCCGCCGUCGGCGCCAACUCCUCCAAGAUUAACACAGAUCCGGAUCUGUUUAUGAUCAAAAACCUACUCAUCCUCAAGAAUCAACUCAUGACGCUCGAGAUCGGUGACGUCCGCGGCGGUGACAGCGGGGGAUUAAGUCAGGAACACUUUGCGCAGAUAUGGGACACUCUCCGGCCCGCACAGAACCUGAUCGGCGGCCUACUAAGCAGCUUUGGAAACCUCAGCACUUAUAUUCCUGGUUCGUCUUUGUGGACGUUGAGGAGUGGCGCCAGCACACCCACACCAGGCUACGGGGGAGGCGCUGGCGCUGGCGGAACACCCAAGAUUGGAUUUGCGGCGCCACCGGUGACGGAUGAUGCGAGUGAGCAAUUGGACGGAUUGCUGCGGCAGAGCAUCGUAGGUUUUACGCGGAGGUGGGCCGGCGUGUUGAACGGCGCACGCGGGGUGGGGCAUAGUACCACGAACAACAACAAUCACAAACUUGGUGGUAAGAAUGUGGGCAAGGUGGAAAGAGAGUUGGACGAGAUCCUGGAACAAGCGUUUGGCGGGCAGCCCGAGGUGGUGGCCAAGCUGAAAGAGGCGAUCCAGAUCGAGGCGCAUGCGCAGGUUCAGGUGUCGGGCGAGAAGAAGAGCUAUGUGACAAGGGUAUAG